UGUAUGAGGGUGAGAGAGCUUUGAGAAGAGCAAAGCGCGAACGAGAGAUUUGUACAUUUGUAGCCGUUCCCUUCGAUUGUCGCCUGCAGACGUCGACUGAUAAACGUUUUCAUCUGAAACGAGAAGACAGCGGAGUAUGUCUACCAACAUAGAGGGAGAAAAGUAGUCCAUAUUGCGCGCUAUUCGUACAAGGGUGUCAGUCAAUGUGUGGGGUGGCCAGAAUUUGGGUGACUGUAACGGCUUUCCUCUUCCUCUUCUGAGGAGGAGAAGCGAGAAGGAUCGAAGGACCAAUGCGCAGCGUGUAGUGGGCCACUCCAAGGCAGACACACUCCUCCAAUGUGUCCUUGUCCAGUCUUUGUGUGAUCUGAUCUGGGACCAGUGGGAUAAAUGAGUGGCCUGGCUGAGGAUCGCAGCGUUGGCACACACCACAAAGCCUACACAGUAGGAUGUCGUGGGUCCGAGGCUUCUUCGUAGCCAAAGUGGACGAACGAAAGACCGCGUGGGGGGAGCGCAAUGGCAGAAAGUCCAACAAGCGGAAGAACGGUUGCUCAGGGUCAUCUCUCUGCAAGCCCCGCUGCAUGAGCUGCCUGCGGGACACUGAGGACCUGGAUCCCACCCCUCCCACCCCCCAGCACUACCACCGUGGAGGAGGGGGGUCCGGCCCCAGCGGAGGGGGUAACUUUGGGAUGCGCUGUGGCUGGCAGGAGGACCACUAUGGGAAACGGACCGGGGCGGCGGGAGACCUGGGGUUGAAGGCCGUGGAUCUGGGGUUCGAUGACGGAGACCUGACAGGGAGGAAAGGUCCAAGGGAGGAGGAUUUGGGGGAAGGAACGGGGGAGGACGGAGGAACAUGCAAUGCCUUCACAGCCGCGGAGUGCUGGAUGCGCGUCGUACGAGUGUUCCAGUCGAAGAAGUUCACGUCGGCGAAACUGGAACGUCUGUACCAGCGCUACUUCUUCAGGCUCAACCAGAGCUCUCUGACUAUGCUGAUGGGUGUCCUUGUCAUAGUCUGCGGCGUCAUGCUAGCCUUCCACUGUGUCCACGCUCCACCCGACGUAGCCUACGCCUCGGUGCUCUCCGUGGCCAUGGCCCUCUUCCUGUCCACGAUGGUGGUGUGUAACAGGAACGGCUUCCACCAGGACUACAUGUGGAUCGUCAGCUACUUGGUGAUCGGGGUGCUGCUGGUGGUCCAGGUGUUUGGGGUGUUGAUGGUUGCCCCCCGAAGCGCUUCUGAGGGGAUCUGGUGGUCUGUGUUCUUUAUAUACAUAAUCUAUACGCUGUUGCCAGUGAGGAUGAGAGCUGCAGUGCUGAGUGGAGGGGUACUGUCUACCAUACACCUCAUCACCGCAUGGCAACUCAACCAGGAUGAUGUUUUCCUAUGGAAACAGCUGAGUGCCAACGUGUUGAUCUUCCUGUGCACCAACAUGAUAGGUAUCUGUACCCACUACCCCGCUGAGGUAUCGCAGAGACAGGCCUUUCAGGAGACCAGGGGGUACAUCCAGGCCCGGCUCUACCUACAGAGAGAGAAUCAGCAACAGGAGCGCCUGUUGCUGUCGGUGCUUCCGAGGCACGUUGCCAUGGAGAUGAAGGCAGAUAUCAACGCCAAGAAGGAAGAUAUGAUGUUCCACAAGAUCUACAUCCAGAAACAUGACAACGUCAGUAUACUGUUUGCAGACAUCGAAGGAUUCACCAGCCUGGCAUCACAAUGCACCGCACAAGAGUUGGUCAUGACACUGAAUGAACUUUUCGCUCGCUUCGACAAACUAGCUUCGGAGAACCACUGUCUGAGGAUCAAGAUCCUUGGAGACUGCUACUACUGUGUGUCUGGACUGCCUGAACCCAGGGCCGACCAUGCACACUGCUGUGUGGAGAUGGGAGUGGACAUGAUAGAGGCCAUCUCGCUGGUGAGAGAGGUCACAGGGGUCAAUGUGAACAUGCGUGUGGGUAUCCAUAGCGGCCGGGUCCACUGUGGAGUGCUGGGACUCAGGAAGUGGCAGUUUGACGUAUGGUCCAACGAUGUCACUCUAGCCAAUCACAUGGAGGCAGGGGGUGCGGCAGGGCGUAUCCACAUCACCAAGGCCACCCUACAGUACCUGAAUGGGGACUAUGAGGUGGAGCCGGGGUUCGGAGGGGACAGGAACGCCUAUCUGAAGGAGAACAACAUCGAGACGUUCCUGGUGCUGGGGUGCAGCCAGAAAAGGAAAGAGGAGAAGGCAGCGAUGGCCAAGAGUGCCAUGAUGCAGCGGGUACGCGCCAACUCCACUGAGGGCCUGAUGCCACGCUGGGUACCCGACACAAGGUUCUCCAGGACCAAGGACUCCAAGGUCUUCAGGCAGAUGGGUAUCGAUGAAACAUCCAGACAAGACAACCGCUGUGCCCAAGAGGCCCUGAACCCUGAGGAUGAGGUGGAUGAGUUUCUGGGCCGAGCCAUUGACGCCCGCAGCAUCGACCAACUCCGUAAAGACCACGUCAAGAAGUUCCUCCUCACCUUCCAGACUAAAGACCUGGAGAAGAAGUACUCUAAGAAGGUGGAUGAUCGUUUUGGAGGCUACGUGGCCUGUGGUCUGUUAGUCUUCUGCUUCAUUUGUUUCAUCCAGAUCAUAAUUUUCCCCCACACUCCCCUCAUGCUGGGUCUUUACAUCAGCAUCUUCAUCAUCCUUGUCAACAUCCUCUUCAUCUGUGCCAUCUACUCCUGCAUCAAGCUCUUCCCGGCUGCAUUGCAGAUGCUGACUAAGAAGAUCGUCCAGUCUCGUACCAAUAGUACCCUGGUGGGGGUCCUCACCAUCAUACUCCUCUUCAUGUCUGCCUUCGUGAACAUGUUCACCUGUGACAGAGAGGGCCUGGUGGACUGUGUGGUGCGUGAGCGUAACCUGUCCUCCAGUUUGGUGACUCUGUGUCUACUACACAACCUGACACAGUCGGCACAGGACGGACUGACCCUGUGCCCCAGCCAGCCCAUGCCAUGCCACUUCCCUGAGUAUUUCUGCUACAGUGUUCUCCUGACCCUGCUGGCCUGCAGUGUGUUCCUCCACAUCAGCAGUAUAGGCAAGCUGGCCCUUAUGGUGCUGAUCCAGGUCACCUUCCUGCUGCUGGUGGAGUGGCCCCAGGUGGCCCUGUUCGACAACGCAGACCUGCUGCUCACCGCCAACACCCUCUCUUUCACACCUUUGAAUGACUCUCUAGAUUGGUUUCCUGGUUUCAAUGAAACAGUUACAGAGAUGUGCCAGGAGAGUGUGACCAAGGUGUCUCUAAAGGUCAUGACCCCUGUCAUCCUGACGGUGUUCGUCCUGGCUCUGUACCUACACGCUCAGCAGGUUGAGUCCACUGCACGCCUCGACUUCCUGUGGAAGCUGCAGGCUACAGAGGAGAAAGAGGAGAUGGAGGAGCUUCAGGCCUACAACCGCCGCCUCCUCCACAACAUCCUGCCUAAAGACGUGGCCGCACACUUCCUGGCGCGGGAGCGGCGUAACGACGAGCUCUACUACCAGUCCUGUGAGUGUGUGGCCGUCAUGUUCGCCUCCAUCUCCAACUUCUCUGAGUUCUACGUGGAGCUGGAGGCCAACAACGAGGGAGUGGAGUGUCUCAGGCUACUUAACGAGAUCAUCGCCGACUUUGACGAGAUCAUCAGUGAGGACAACUUCCGUCAACUGGAAAAGAUAAAGACCAUCGGUAGUACCUACAUGGCUGCUUCUGGCCUCAACGACUCGACCUACGACCGUGAGGGACGAUCACACAUCCUGGCUCUGGCAGACUAUGCUAUGAGACUCAGGGAACAGAUGAAGUACAUCAACGAACACUCCUUCAAUAACUUCCAGAUGAAGAUAGGUCUCAACAUGGGUCCGGUGGUGGCAGGGGUGAUUGGGGCCAAGAAGCCCCAGUAUGACAUCUGGGGGAACACUGUCAACGUGGCCAGUCGUAUGGACAGCACAGGAGUCCCAGACUGCAUACAGGUGACCACAGACCUGUACCAUGUCCUGGUAAACAAAGGCUACCAGCUGGACCACAGAGGCCUGGUCAAGGUGAAGGGGAAAGGAGAGAUGACCACCUACUUCCUGACCAGCGGUCCCAAUGGUACCAAGGGGAGUUAACGGAUGGCCACGGGACUACCACUGGCUGCUAAUACAUGAAGAGGAGAGAGAUGGAGAGGGAGAGAGAGCGGGAGAGGGGGGAGUGAGUGUGUAAGAAAAGAGAGCGAGAGGAGGGAGAGAGAUGAGAAAAAGGGAACAGUUCAAAGCCCUGAAGGAAAUGUGUUUGUGUGUGUGUGUGUGUGUGUGUGUGUGUGUGUGUGUGUGUGUGUGUGUGUGUGUGUGUGUGUGUGUGUGUGUGUGUGUGUGUGUGUGUGUGUGUGUGUGUGUGUGUGUGUGUGUGUGUGUGUGUGUGUGUGUGUGUGUGUGUGUGUGUGUGUGUGUGUGUGUGUGUGUGUGCAAUCAUGUAUUCUUAUACACACUACUUUAGGUUUGGGUCUCAAAUGGCUCCCUGUAUAGGCCUUAGGGCCCUGGUUAAAAUUAGUGCACUGUAUAGGGAAUACGGUGCCAAAUGUGACGCAAACCAGGUAUUUUGUUCUCACUUCAAGGCUUUUGACACGAAGCUACUUGAAAGAUAUAAUGAGCGAAUUAUAGUGAAGACCUAUUGCCUUAGAAGGAAAAUACUGAACAAAAGGCUAUAUUUGUUUUGUUGUGAGCUACACAACAAAUACUUCACUUCCGGAGCUAUUAUUUAUUUUUCACUGAAAUGGAUGAAUUUUUUGUUGUCAUGAUGACCUUGUAACAAAAGCUACAUAUGUAUUAUAUGAAAUAUUCAAGGAUGAGAAGGAUGACAAUGACCAAAGAACACAUGUUUUAUUAUGAGGGACUGACUCUACACACAUCAACCUAUUUCUGUUUGAAAUGACUGCAGAAGGAACAACUGAAAUGACUGCAGAAGGAACAACUGAAAUGACUGCAGAAGGAACA